AUGGCUACCAACGGCGUCAAUGGUACCAACGGCAUCAAUGGGCAUCAUGAUAUGCCAGCGCUUUCGAAGUCUGCCGAGGACUUCCUUCAACACGACUACGAUUUCAUUGUUUGUGGAGGAGGUACCGCCGGCCUCGUCGUCGCUGCUCGUCUGACGGAGAACGAGGACGUGAAGGUUGGAGUAAUCGAGGCUGGCAAAUCCAAACUGGGCGACAUGCUCGUCGACUCGCCUGUCAUGUUUAUGCAGACCUUCAUGAACCCAGACUACGACUGGUGCCACAUGACGGAACCUCAAAAGCACAACAAGAAUCGUCGUCACCACAUCCCGCGCGGCAAGGCACUUGGUGGCUCCUCUGCCAUCAAUUACAUGAUGUACGUUAGAGGAAGUUCACAAGACUACGAUGACUGGGCCAUCAUCGCCGGAGAUGAGGGCUGGAACUCAGAAAACAUGAUGAAGUACAUGCGGAAGCACCAAACUCUCGAACCAAUCGCCGAUUCCGUUACGGAUCGUUCGACGAUGCCUUUCGUGGGCGAAUAUCAUGGUACAUCCGGCCCUGCUCGGACUUCUUUCAAUGACUGGAGACUUCCCAUUGAGGAUGACUUCAUCAAGGCUUGUGACGAGGCGACGGGUAUGACGAAGAAGCCAAAAGAUCCCUUCAGUGGAGAUCACAUUGGAUUCUACAAUACCUUGGGCUUGGUCGCCAGAAGUGGACCGAACAAAGGACUGAGGAGUUAUGCUGCCAGGGGAUAUUUUGCUGCUAAUGCCCAGAGACCGAACUUGCAUGUGCUGACGGAUGCCAUGAUUCAUCGCAUCGAGCUCAACGGGGACACUGCAACAGGCGUUACCUUCGAGAGGGACGGAAAGAUGCAUACUGUCAACGCGAAGAAGGAAGUCCUCGUUGCUGGAGGUGCCAUUCAGAGUCCUCAAAUCCUUGAAAUGUCGGGCAUUGGUGAUCCAGAAGUCCUACGAGCCGCUGGAGUGGAACCUAAGAUCGAGAACAAGUCGAUCGGCAACAAUUUCCAAGACCAUGUCCUCACUACUGGUGUAUGGGAGAUGCAGCCUGGUAUCAUGACUUUGGAGGCUAUCCACAACCCUGCUGUGAUGGAACAGGCGCAGAAGCAGCUUGCUGAGACUGGAGGUGGGCCUUUGACAAGUAUCUGUACCAUGCAAGGCUUCUUCCCUUACAAGGUACGACUCGAGCUCACGUACGAGUGGUGCAAGAAUGCUGACUGCUGUGCGUAGAUGUUUGCCACCCAGGAAGAACAGGAUGCCAUCAUCAAAUCGAUUGAAGCGGAUUUGCCCCAUUUGACGCCUUUCCAAAGAAAGCAAUAUGAGCGCACGAUCGAGCACCUCAAACAUGACAAGUCGGCCAAUUUGCAAUUGGUUCUUGUCCCGUCGCACUUUGGCAUGGAAGAGGGCAUUGGGAACCAGUCCAAGGUCUUUCCUGCUCCCGAUGAUCCAAACGCACCUUACGCCAUCUCCGCUGCCAUGUGCUUACAGUACCCACUGAGCAGAGGAAGUGUGCAUAUCAAGAGCUCUGGUAAGUCAUCGUCCCGUGUCGCGACAUAUCAAGUACUCACGUGUGUACCUUAUCAGAUCCUCACGUCCAUCCACGCGUCGAUCCCGCCUACCUCAAACACGAAGCCGACGUCGGCGUGCUCGCCGCUGGCCUAAAAAUGCUGGGCAAAGUGGAAGAAUCUUCGCACAUGAAGAAAAACAUCACGAAGCGUCUUUUCCCUCCCGCCAAUGCGGAUAUGACUUCCACGGAGCAGAUGAAAGAGUGCGUGCGAGACAUUUGCAUGAGCGAGUAUCACGUUUGCGGAUCAGUUGCAAUGGGUAAGCUUAGCCAGAUGUGGAAGACACCGCUUCAAGUCCGAGACAAUUGCUUACCUUCUAUCGCUUUUAGGUGAGGCGGUUGAUACCAAGCUGAGGGUAUUGGGCACGAAGAACGUGAGAUGUGUGGAUGCGAGCAUCUUCCCCAGUCAUGUUUCUGGAAACAUCGUAAGGAAACCCCCUCCGACUAGUAAGAAGAACUGCUAACGCGUAGUCGUAGGUUUCUAGCGUGUAUUGCGCGGCGGAGAAGGCGGCGGAUUUGAUCAAGGAGGAUCACUUGUACGGGGGUUUGAAGGUUUGA